GAAGUCCACCGCCAACAACUUAUCCACAAACUCACAAGUUUGAGACACAUGAGUGCAGAAGGAAAGGUGGUUUGCGUUACAGGAGCUUCUGGGUACAUAGCUUCAUGGCUCGUUAAGCUCUUGCUUGACCGUGGUUACACCGUUCAUGCUACUGUCCGGUCCCUUGAUGACCCAAAAGAGACACAGCAUCUACUUGCUCUUGAUGGAGCUAAAGAAAGACUAUCUUUGUUUGAAGCUAACUUGACUACAGAAGGAUCAUUUGAUUCUGCAGUUAGUGGCUGCAUUUGUGUCUUUCACACAGCAUCUCCUGUAACUUUUGCUUCAGUUGAUGACCCACAGAUGGAAUUGUUGGAUCCUGCAGUUAAGGGGACACUGAAUGUUCUUAAAUCAGCUGCGAAAGUUCAAUCUUUGAAAAGGGUGGUCUUGACGUCUUCAUUGGCUGCGGUUUUGUUUUGCGACAAACUUCGAUGUGGUGUAGUGGAUGAAACCUGGUUUUCAGAUCCAGCCAUUUGUGAGCAGAGAAAGUUGUGGUAUCAACUCUCAAAGACUCUGGCUGAGAAGGCCGCUGUAAAUUUUUCAAAGGAUAAUGAUUUGGAUUUGGUGGUCAUAAAUCCUGCUUAUGUGAUUGGUCCUCUCUUACAACCUACUCUCAACUUCACUUCAGAGGCAUUUAUGAGGUUUAUAGAAACUGGAAAGGAAGUAUUUGCGGAUGGAAUCUACAUGCUUGUUGAUGUGAGAGAUGCCGCUACUGCGCAUAUAUUAGCAUUUGAGAAAGCAGAAGCUAAUGGUAGAUAUUGUAUCGUCGGGGAUGUGGUUCGGUCAUCUGAAAUCAAGAUGAUCUUAGACAAACUCUAUCCUGAUCUUGGCUAUUGUCCAGGGUAUAAAGACAAAUGUGUGGAGACGAAACUAUAUUGUGUAUCGAAGGCAAAGGCAAAAAGUCUAGGUGUUGAGUUUACUCCAUUAGAGGUAAGCCUCAAGGAUACCGUUGAAAGCCUGAAAGAGAAGAAAUUUAUGAACCUAUAAGUUCUUCAUAUGUUUGCUUGUAUACAAUCGGAGAAUGGAAUCUUAGAUCCUGAAUUGUGUAGUGUUCAACAAGCAAUAAUCUAUACCUAAUAAAUAAGUAAUUGGUUGUCACUUA